GAGAGAAAAAUCAAUGGAUUCUUCAGAGAUUUAAGACUAGGUUAGGUUUAAUUCUCAUAAAAUUUGCGAAGAAGAAGAAGAGGUGAGAUUGAGGGGCGCGCGAUAGGAGGAGAAGCUGGAAAGCGCGGUUGAAUCGAGUAUGUGCGCGGGUUCGGACCCGGGUCCGAACGGAUGGGGUCGGGCCCGGGGAGUGGUGUGGAAGGCGCUGGUUUUGAUCGGCGGCGCGCUUCUGGUAAGGCGGCUCUCCAAGUCCACCACCCGCUCCGAUCAUGCCAGAAUCGUCGCUCAAUCUCUCUGCGGCGAAAAGUUUUCCAAAGAGCAAGCUGCUAGAGACCCGGAUAGUUACUUCAAUUUGAGAUGGCUUUCUUGCCCAGUAAGUGACAUGGCAGAUGGCUCAAAGGUUUUAUAUUUGGAGCAGGCAUUCCAAAGGACAACUCACAAGCCUUUUCGCCAGAGAUUUUUCAUGGUCAAGCCUUGUCCGGAGGAGAUGAAAUGUGAUGUUGAGGUUAACACAUAUGCCAUCAGGGAUGCAGAUGAGUACAAGAACUUCUGUGAUCGCCCUAAGGACCAACGCCCACAACCUGAGGAAGUUAUCGGGGAUAUUGCCGAACACUUGACUACCAUUCAUCUAAAGCGCUGUGAACGUGGGAAGCGGUGCUUAUAUGAAGGAUCAACACCUGAUGGAUUUCCCAAUACAUGGAAUGGUGCAUCAUACUGUACCUCAGAGCUGGCAGUGCUGAAGAAUAAUGAGAUCCAUUCUUGGGAACGAGGCUAUGACGAGAGUGGAAAUCAGCUAUGGGGUGUAAAGGGAGGACCAUAUGAAUUUAAGCCUUCAUUACCUUCUACCAUUGGCAUUGAUGACCUUUCUACUUUGAUGCUUCCCACUCCAUCCAUAGAUGAAAGAAUAGAGAGUUCAAUUGUUAUUCAAGACUGAAUACUACUUCUACUAUCUUCUCUAGUGUAAUUGUCUUGUACAUUCAAACUUUCCAUAUUUCCAUUGAUAUUCAUACCAACAUUUUCAAUUCUUUUGUUGUUUAUAUUGAUACAAUGGAAGAAUUCUCGCUUUUGUGGUUGUCGCGAUGUUCUAAAAGUGCUCUAGAUAGAUGCAUUUAAGCGCAAUUUGCGAUAAAAAAUUUACUUUGGUAUGUAACUUUUAUUUAUAUAUUGAAAAGGUUAUCUAAUAUCAGUGUUUACCUUUAACCUUUUAAAGUUAUUA